AGCUACCCCCUCUCUUACUCCGCAGUCUAAAUGUAGUUUCUAAGGGAUUAAAUGUGGCUUGGUGACGGGCUCUAGACUCCUUGCCUUACCACAAGAUCACGGUUCCGAGCCUCCGAAAAAUUCAGUUUUUCUUGUCGCAAUAACAGAAGUCGUUUCGGAGCCAUUCAGGCGUUCUUUCCAACGUGCGCGGUAGUGAAUGGACGCGGUUUUUUAUUGUUAACACUUUUCGAAAUGUUGAUAUGAAUUAGCUGGGGGUUUUAAACUUACAGAUCUUAGAUAUUACAGUCUAAUCCGUUCGCAAGCGCUCCUAUAAAUCGCCUUGGCAACCGAUUCGCAUAGGGGCUCGGUGACAUUUAACUGGCGCGCGAGGCUCCCAUCAACAUUCCCAACAUUCGCAUUUGUUUUACACGACGUGCUGCAGUUAUUGCACAGUCCCUGACUUUUCUUGCCUUAUCAGAAAAACAAUGACUACGUAAGAACAGGAACGCGGAGAUUUUUUUUUUUUGAGUCGCCACGCGUCAAAAUGCCUGUUCGCCGUGGUCAUGUCGCUCUCCAAAACACCUAUUUGGACACCAUUAUCCGGAAAUUUGACGGGCAAAACCGCAAGUUCCUGAUUGCCAAUGCACAGAUGAAGAACUGCGGCAUCAUCUACUGUAAUGAGGGCUUCUGCCGCAUGUUUGGCUUCUCGCGUGCCGAGAUCAUGCAGCAGCCAUGCACGUGCCAGUUCCUGGUGGGGCCAGGCACCAUGAAGAGCGCCCUGGUCCAACUCACACAGGCGUUGCUGGGCUCGGAGGAGCGCAAGGUGGAGAUCCUCUACUACUCCAAAGAAGGGACAUGUCGGCCUUGUUUGGUAGAUGUGGUUCCAGUGAAGAAUGAGGAUGGCGUGGUCAUCAUGUUCAUCCUCAACUUCCAGGAACUGAUCGAGCCCGCUCCCAAAAAGGGCUUCCGACAGCGAGUCACUCAGGGCUGGAUUCGCUCAGCUCAGACACACAAGAUGAGAUUAAGGAUGCCCUCUCUACGUAUGGCAGGGCACACCUCCUUAUCCAAAGACCAGUUUGAGGGAGUAAUGAUUGACUAUCUGCAGCCUUCAGGUGAGGAAGUGGCCCUGAAGGAUUUGUCUGCUCCAUCUAAGGAAAGCUGGCUGCAGUCAGAGACUCAGGCCCUCAUCCAGCAGGAGCAUUCGGCACAGGGCAUGUCAGGCCUCUCCUCCAGCCUCCACCUGGGAGAGCGCUUAGACGCCACUGAGGUUCCGCCCCCCCGCCGCCCCUCCCGGGAGAGUGUGCGGAGCCUCCGGCGGGCCUCCUCACUGCACGACAUCGACGGCAUGAGAGACCAGUGGAGCGAUCUGAAGGCCAAUAAUGUGAACUCCACAUCAGACUCAGAUCUGAUGCGGCAUCGAGCCAUUGGCCGGAUCCCGCAGGUGACGCUGUCGUUCGGUUCUGACCGUCUGAGACCGCCAUCCCCGACCAAGAUCGAAAUUAUUGCUCCCAACAAGAUUAAAGACCGCACACAAAACGUCUCUGAGAAGGUCACACAGGUUACCCAGGUGCUGUCGCUAGGCGCUGACGUGCUGCCCGAGUACAAGCUCCAGGCACCCCGCAUCCACAAGUGGACCAUCCUGCACUACAGCCCAUUCAAGGCCGUGUGGGACUGGCUAAUCCUGCUGCUGGUGCUCUACACAGCCGUGUUCACGCCCUACUCAGCCGCCUUCCUGCUCAGCGAGCCGGUGGAGGAGAGAGCACGGCCCUGCGGCUACACCUGCAACCCGCUCAAUGUCAUCGACCUGGUGGUAGACGUCAUGUUCAUCGUGGACAUCGCCAUCAACUUCCGCACCACCUAUGUGAACGGCAAUGAGGAGGUGGUGAGCCAGCCGGCACGCAUCGCCGUGCACUACUUCAAGGGCUGGUUCCUCAUCGACAUUGUGGCAGCAAUCCCCUUUGACCUGCUCAUCUUCCGCUCGGGCUCGGAUGAGCCUCAGACCACCACUCUGAUUGGUCUGCUGAAGACUGCGCGCCUGCUUAGAUUGGUCCGCGUGGCACGAAAGUUGGACCGCUACUCGGAGUACGGUGCCGCCGUGCUCUUCCUGCUCAUGUGCACAUUUGCGCUGAUCGCCCACUGGCUGGCCUGUAUAUGGUAUGCCAUUGGCAACGUGGAGCGCACAGGCUCGGCACGUGUGGGUGGCCUGCGUAUCGGCUGGCUUGACAACCUUGCUGACCAGAUCGGCAAGCGCUACAACGACAGCGACGACUCCUCUGGGCCCAGCAUCAAGGACAAGUACGUCACAGCACUCUACUUCACCUUCAGCAGCCUGACCAGCGUCGGCUUCGGCAACGUCUCGCCAAACACCAACCCCGAGAAGAUCUUCUCCAUCUGCGUCAUGCUCAUUGGAUCCCUGAUGUACGCCAGCAUCUUCGGAAAUGUGUCGGCUAUAAUCCAGCGGUUGUACUCGGGCACGGCUCGCUACCACACACAGAUGCUGCGGGUGAAGGAGUUCAUACGCUUCCACCAGAUACCCAGUGGUCUGCGCCAGAGACUGGAGGAGUACUUCCAGCAUGCCUGGUCCUACACCAACGGCAUCGACAUGAAUGCCGUGCUGAAGGGCUUUCCCGAGUGUCUGCAGGCUGACAUCUGCCUGCACCUGAACCGGAGUUUGUUACAGAACUGCAGCGCGUUCCGUGCCGCCACUAAGGGCUGCCUGCGUGCCCUUGCCAUGCGCUUCAAGACCACCCACGCCCCACCGGGAGAUACACUUGUACACAGUGGUGACGUGCUCACUGCACUCUACUUCAUCUCCCGUGGCUCCAUCGAGAUCCUCCGCGAUAAUGUGGUGGUGGCCAUUCUGGGUAAGAACGAUAUCUUUGGGGAGCCCAUCAGCCUGUAUGGGAGACCUGGAAAGUCCAGUGCUGAUGUGCGUGCUCUGACCUACUGUGACCUGCAUAAGAUCCUGAGGGACGACCUGCUGGAGGUGCUAGACAUGUACCCAGACUUCUCCAACAGCUUCUGGUCCAACCUGGAGAUCACCUUCAACCUCAGAGAUGCAGAUAGAAUUAUGCAACAAACCCCCAGUGAGGAGUCAGAGAGUGGCUGCCGCCGUGUCCGUCGAAGAAGGCCCACCCUACAGCGUAACCGGCCUGAUGGGAUAGACAGGGAAGAUGCAUAUCCAGACCAGUCGUGCAGCCCCUUAGGCAACCACAGUGGUGCGCUGUUGCGCUCACGGUGGGAUGAGCUGUGCAGUAGUGCCAGCGCCCACUCCCUGUCCAGUGAAGAGGAGGUGAAGCCUCUGGCGCCAGGCCGGGGAGAGACUUACGCUCUAGAACCACCAACCCGCCAUGAAUGUGCCCCCGCCAUGGUCAAACUUCUGUCCCCAAACAGUUCCCCAUCAGACGUGGGAUGUGCCAGAGCUGAAAGGGCACAGCCCUCUCCAGCCUCUCUGAACAUGUUCAGCUACUGGCAUGAGCGCGGGGCAAGCAGGUACCCUGAGAGCCCACGGCAGUCAUCGACGGCACGGCCUGGUCACCAGCACCAGCAGCAACACCAGCGCGGUGCAUGUGUGGAGGAGCGGCCCAGUGAGCUGCAGGCCCGUCUCGAGAUGCUCCAGGCCCAGCUCAACAGGCUGGAGAGACGGAUGACAGCUGACAUCAGUGUCAUUCUGCAGCUCCUGCAAAGACAGGUGGCACUUGUGCCCCCGGCCUACAGUGCUGCCAUCUCUCCAGAGUCACUGGUAAACAAGCUUGACCCCUGCAGCACGUACGGGACCAGGGCCCUCGUCCCCCACAUCCCUGAUCCCGCCACAGUGGCUGCACACACCAGCGACAGCCCUGUGUCCCAUACUCAUACUCCGGACUCUGACAUGAAGUACAAGACGCGGGAGUCCCAUGAGUCUCUGUCCAGCAUCCACCUGAAUGUAGCCCCAGAUGACAUCAUGCCCAUGUCCCCUGAGACAGAUACUCAGCUAGCUGCAAGCUGCCAGCAGGGUCGAAAAUCACUUCCCCACAUCAAACACCAAAGAGAGGAACACGUUCCACCUCAACCCCACCUCCAGCACCAAAUCCAGGAACAAGUCCCACUGGAAUCCCACCUCCAGCACCAAAUACAUGCACAAGUCCCUCCUCAGCCCCACCUCCAGCACCAAAGCCAGGAGCAAGGACUGCCCCAGGUCCACAUCGAGCCUCCAACUCAGGAACCAGCCCAGUCUAAGUACCAGGCCCCUGAACUACUGUCCGGUAGCCUGCUUUUCCCAUCCCUCCCUGAGCGCCUGGAGAGCUCCAGCCGUCUCCCAGACCCAACAGAGAUCCCGAAGCAUGUGUCUGAUCCCAUCCUUCCGGGCAGGUAGAGCCCUGACAGGACUUUCUCCCCAGACCUAGCACUCCAGCAGCCUGAGGCUGCCCCCAGGACACAACAGAUCUGCAAUUGGAAUCAUCUCUACACACCUUUUCUCCAAGAUCAUAUGCAGUAUGGGUGGUUACAGUGAUCUGCAAGCAGCUACUGAUGCACGUAGGCCAAUCCACAUCAGUCACCAAGCGCAGAGUUCUCCACAAACACACACAUAACACCUAUGUUGGCUACUGAUAUUUCACUUAGAAGAAAACACAGAUCAAGGACUGAGCAAUCUUGGUUGUCCAACUUGAGGUGGUUUAUAGAAGACAGUGUGAUUUAUUAAUGUAAAGCAGUCCUCGCUGGAUCCACACUGGCUAGUGGCCACUUUAGGACAGAGUGAAGUAUUUCCCAUUAACAUAUGACUUUAUGCGGAGCCAACUGUGCAAUCGCAGCAAAAAGUAUUUGGCAAAAGUUUGCAUGAUUCAAGGGAGUUGUAUGUUUGUAGAAUAGCAUGUUCUUUUUAGAAAUGUAAGCAGAGUUUGUUCCUGACUACCCAUGCAGUCUGCGAAGGACAGCAGGAGUGCAACUUUUGACUUCUUGCUCUGUGUGUGAGCAUGAGGGCACUGAUCCAAGCAUGCAUUCAUUCUAAAAAGCCACCCCACAAUGCACUGGGACAGCUGCAGAGAGAGAAGGAACUUGAGUCUGGGUUUCUCGAGAAGCAGGGAGCAUGGAGUCAAAUGUGCAUAUUACUGUAAUUUCUUCCAAGGUGUCAUAUCUCACCUGGGAAAGGGCUCUGAUGUGCUUUCCCCUCCCCUUUUCAUUCUGCAGCUCUCUAGAGCUCUUAUGGUAGUUCUGUAGAGCUCUCACUGUAGAUCUCUAGAACUUUUUCUGUAGUGCUCUUCAGCAGGUGCAGGUCAAGAUCACCUGCUUUCGAGAUGUCAUGUUACAGCUUCAAAGUUAUCAUAACUGUAAUGUUGAGAUUUGGCUUUCGCAGAAUAUCUCGUUGACGUUCAUCCCCAGAGCUCUUGCUCUUCUUCUGUGGACUGCAGAGAUUGCAUGGAACAUUCCUGUAAAGCAGCACACAUGCUGGGGAAUGUACACUGCCUCUCUGAACCUACCUGAGAUGUGUGAAACCAUCCAUAAAUUAAUCACAUGAGAAAUGUAUAAUAUAAGAAAUGGCUUCAGAGAUGUAUUUUCAAUGUAUAGAGUUUUAAUUUUUCAAUUAUCCUCUAAUUAUGUUAUAUUUUUGUGGAUGAGUAAGAUAAGGUUAGGAUUAGGGUUAGGGUUAAAAUCCAGCUAACUCUACAGAGUCAGUGAACACAGUAACAAGACAAAGACUGAAACAAUAUUUGGGACAUACUGUUUCAUACUGAAGCAGUCAAUUUUAAUCCUUUCACAAACUCUGUUCUGUUUAUGCUAAGGUGUGGUUAUAGUCCUGGGAGUAUGUGCAUAAAACAUGCUAUACAUCAUGAAAGGCUUGUGUGUUCAUGUAUACUCUAAAUGGUCAUGUGUUUAAAAUAUGUUUGCCUGGGAAGCUGCUUGACUGGGUGCAUGUGCAUUCUAUGAAAACACCCCAUCUGAUUAGCCAGUGGUGUGGAAUGUUUUCAUCAAUCAGUCAUUCUAUUAACUGAUGUGUGCUGCUCUGCUGCAGUGGGUAUGGCCAUAUGAAGGAUGUGAAUGGAUGUGUAAUUCAACUGAAAACUUGGACUGUUAUGGUUUCCAAAAGCACAAAAAUCUAUAUCUGUUGUUUUUUAGAUUAAAGACUAUUUGUAACACA